AUGAGUUCUGAGCUGAACGUUCCUGUGGAUCCUUCCCCCCCUGCCUGCUGCUCCGAACCCGGCACCAAGGGCAUGGACUAUCGGGACUGGGUGCGGCGCAGCUACCUGGAGCUGGUCACCUCCAACCACCACUCUGUGCAAGCCCUCUCCUGGAGGAAGCUCUACCUGAGCCGAGCCAAACUGAAAGCUUCCAGCAGAACCUCUGCUCUGCUCUCUGGAUUUGCAAUGGUCGCCAUGGUGGAGGUGCAGCUGGAGGUGCAGUACAAGUACCCCCAGAUGCUGCUGAUCGCCUUCAGCGCCUGCACCACAGUGCUGGUGGCCGUCCACCUCUUCGCCCUCCUCAUCAGCACCUGCAUCCUGCCCAACGUGGAGGCCGUCAGCAACAUCCACAACCUGAACUCCAUCAGCGAGUCCCCCCACGAGCGCAUGCACCCCUACAUCGAGCUGGCCUGGGGCUUCUCCACCGUCCUGGGCAUCCUCCUCUUCCUGGCCGAGGUGGUGCUGCUCUGCUGGAUCAAAUUCCUGCCGGUGGGCUCCAUCCCGAAGGGCGAGAGCGGCGGCGGGGGGGAGAAGGCGGUGGGGCACGCGGGCUGGCAGUCGGCCCUGGUCUCCACCAUCAUCAUGGUGCCGGUGGGGCUGAUCUUCGUUGUCUUCACCAUCCACUUCUACCGCUCCCUGGUGCGGCACAAGACGGAGCGGCACAACCGUGAGAUCGAGGAGCUCCACAAACUCAAAGUGCAGCUGGAUGGCCACGACAGGGGCAUGCAGGUGGUGUGA